UCAGAUGAGAGGAGCAGUCACUCUGCAGACCCCUGAUUCUCAGAAAGAUAAAAAUGUAUCUAAAAGUUGUGAUCUUCGCCCUGUCAUUUUUGACAACUUCAGCAUACCCCCUCCACCGUUACACCAGGGAGGCAACCAGAACUGAUUCAAAGGCCAACGAGGCUCAUGACAAGGCAGAACCCACAAAGGAUGCGGAUCAUAUCUACAAGACCAACAUUGACAGCAGUGACCUUUACGACCCAGAUGAUCACAGCAAAAACCCUGUGGCAGAAGAGAUGCAACGCAAAGUCAACAUGGAGUCUGAGCGUCUGCGAAUCCGUCUGCGCCAAGAACUGGCCGAGCUACGAGAGAGGUUGUCCCCAUCUCCAGCCCACCUCAGCUCCACUCUGGCCAGCAUGAGGGAGCGUUUGGCUCCCCUCACCCAGCAGCUCCAGAGCUCUCUCAGCAGCAACACCAAAGAUUUGUGUGGCCAGCUGAGCCUCUAUCUGCAGGGCCUGGAGACAGUAGAGACCCAGGCCGAGGCCAGUCCGGGUCUGUACCAGGAAGCCUUCCACUGGAUAAGUCAAACCCUGGAGCACAGCAGCUCCAAGGUGGCCGUCCUCGUUAGCGACUUCCAUACUAAAACUGUCGGGGUGGUCGAACAUCUGAAAGAGAUCAGUGCUAGCGAGCAAGAGGCAGCUAAGUCAGGGCACUGGCAGGAAAUAAGUUCUAGGUUGGGACAGGAAGUGAGUUCGCUGAGGAUGGAGGCACAGAAGAGGAUGGGGGCUCUCAAAGCAGAGCUUGCCGCACUUCUAGAAACUGAACGGCCGAGUAAGGCUGAAGUCUCAGCCAGUAUGGAGCGGUUCUGCCAAAAUGCAGCCCUGCAGAGCCAAGUGUUUCAGGUCCGAAUGGAGAGGCUGUUUCAGGGGCUUGAAGAGGAGUUGGAGGUCCAGGUAGCCUCCAGCCAGUAUUCUUCUUCCUCUUCCUCCUCGUCUGUACAACCAUAUGGCUUUUUGCAGGAGGAUUUCUCAGUUAAACUCUCUGCUCUGAUCCAAGACAUUAUGCACUCAGUGCAGUGACAGAGACAACUCUACAUUUUUACAAAAAACUACCAAUUAACUGCGCUAUCGUCCUAUUAAAGUGUAUAAUUGUACAUGUGUUCAAGUCCAUACAUUUGGUCUGUUGUUUUCUAUUGUACCAGCAAAGUAAGUAGCCUGUAAAUAUUCAGUGUUUUCUUUUGAUUGAUUACUGUAUUUCCAUCAUUCUGCAUGUGAAGGAUAGUGUUAUUGUCAGUAUAUGUUUACUAUGCAUAAUAUCAACCACAGAGUGCUGCGCCAACCCGAUUUCAAACUUUAUUUUUAAUAUGUACAAAACAGAUCUGACCUAUAUACUGCAGAUCAUGCAGUAUGUGCAUUGUGCUCGAAAAUAUAUAUGUGUUUAUAUGUAAAUAACUGUUUAAGCAAAGUGAUUCUGUUCAUGAGACCCAUGAUAUUGGUAAGACUGUCAGUUGGCAUACUUGCAAGCCAUUAUGAAAGCAAAUCUAUGAUAACAUACCAUAUUAAAAUGACUGUUCUUUAAAUGC